CGGAGACGGCGGUCGGGGUCGGCGCCGCCUGCUCACUGGCCGGCGCGCGCUCGCCCUCCGUCCCGACCGCCGAGCCCUGACGCGGAGCCCCCCAGCGGCGCACGGCGGCCUGGGCACCGGCGAGCGCCGCCCUCCCUCCGCCGGCGCCGGGCGGCGGCCCACGUGACGGGAAGCGGCGGCGGCGGGGCCGGCAGCCCAGGAGCCGCGGCCGGAGCGGGCGGCGGGGCCCCAGGCCGCGGGCGGCACGGGACAGCUGCGCUGCGCUGAUCACUCAGUAGACAUGAUGAACAUCAAGGCCUUCACCUUGGUCUCUGCAGUAGAGCGGGAGCUGCUGACGGGUGACAGAGAGCACAUCAGCAUUGAGUGUGUGGAGUGCUGUGGCAGGAAUCUCUAUGUCGGCACCAAUGACUGCUUCAUCUACCACUUCCUGCUGGAGGAGAAGACUUUGCCUACAGGGACGGCCUCAUUCAUUGCCACCAAACAGCUACACAGACACCUGGGCUUCAAGAAGCCUGUGAAUGAGUUGUGUGCGGCCUCAGCUCUCAAUAGGCUGCUGGUGCUCUGUGACAACUCGAUAACCCUGGUUAACAUGCUGAACCUGGAGCCAGUGCCCUCAGGGGCCCGCAUCAAAGGGGCCACAACAUUUGCAGUGAACGAGAACCCUGUGAAUGGGGACCCCUUCUGCGUGGAAGUGUGCAUCAUCUCGGUGAAGCGAAGGACCGUCCAAAUGUUUCUGGUGUACGAGGACCGAGUACAGAUUGUCAAGGAGGUGUCCACUCCAGAGCAGCCUCUUGCUGUGGCUGUGGAUGGCUACUUCUUGUGCCUGGCCCUGACCACACAAUACAUCAUCCUGAACUACAGCACAGGCCUUUCCCAGGACCUGUUUCCCUACUGCAGCGAGGAGAAGCCACCCAUUGUCAAGAGGAUAGGCAGACAGGAGUUCCUGCUGGCUGGCCCUGGAGGCCUGGGCAUGUUUGCCACCGUGGCUGGGAUUUCCCAGCGUGCCCCUGUGCACUGGUCAGAGAAUGUGAUUGGGGCAGCUGUUUGCUUCCCCUAUGUCAUAGCACUCGAUGACGAAUUCAUCACGGUUCACAGCAUGCUGGAUCAGCAGCAGAAACAGACCCUGCCCUUUAAAGAAGGCCACAUCCUGCAGGACUUUGAAGGAAGAGUGAUUGUUGCCACAAGUAAAGGAGUUUACAUCUUGGUUCCAUUACCUCUGGAAAAACAAAUACAGGAUCUGUUAGCAAGCCGAAGAGUGGAGGAGGCUUUGAUUUUAGCAAAAGGAGCCCGGAGGAACAUUCCAAAAGACAAAUUUCAGGUGAUGUACAGGAGGGUUCUGCAGCAGGCAGGCUUUAUACAGUUUGCACAGCUCCAGUUCCUGGAAGCCAAAGAGCUCUUCAGAAGCAGCCAGCUGGAUGUCCGGGAGCUGAUCUCUCUCUACCCCUUCCUGUUGCCCACCUCCUCUUCCUUCACCCGGUCUCACCCUCCUCUUCAUGAGUAUGCAGACCUGAACCAGCUGACCCAGGGUGACCAGGAGAAGAUGACCAAGUGCAAGCGCUUCCUCAUGAGCUACCUGAAUGAAGUUCGCAGCACAGAGGUAGCAAAUGGCUACAAGGAAGACAUCGACACGGCCCUACUCAAGCUGUAUGCAGAGGCUGACCAUGACAGCCUGCUGGACCUCUUGGUCACUGAGAACUUCUGCCUGCUGACGGACAGUGCUGCCUGGCUGGAGAAGCACAAAAAGUAUUUUGCCCUAGGACUGCUCUAUCAUUACAAUAAACAGGAUGCCUCUGCGGUUCAGUUGUGGGUGAAGAUUGUGAACGGGGACGUCCAGGAUUCCACACGCUCAGACCUGUAUGAAUACAUCGUUGAUUUUCUUACCUACUGCUUAGACCAAGAGCUCGUGUGGACCCAUGCUGACUGGCUGUUGCAGAAAAGUGAGGAGAUUGGAGUUCAAGUUUUCACCAAGAGACCUUUGGACGAGAAGCAGCAGACUGGUUUUAAUCCAGAUGACAUUAUCAGUUGCCUUAAGAAAUACCCUAAAGCCCUGGUUAAAUAUCUGGAGCAUCUUGUUAUCGACAGGAGACUGCAGAAAGAAGAGUACCACACCCACCUGGCCAUCCUCUACCUGGAGGAAGUGCUGCGGCAGAGGGUGGCCACUGGCGGCAAGGAUGUAGACACCACUGAGGCGCAGACCAAACUCCGGAGGCUGCUCCAGAAGUCUGACUCCUACCGCGUCCACUUGUUGAAAGAGAAGAUCCAGGGUGCUGGCCUGCCCAUGGAAAGCGCCAUCCUCCACGGGAAGCUGGGCGAGCACGAGAAAGCCCUGCAUAUCCUGGUGCACGAGAUGGGGGACUUCUCUGCAGCUGAGGACUACUGCCUCUGGGGCUCCGAGGGUCAGGACGCAGCCUGCCGUCAGCACCUUUUCCACACACUGCUCGCCAUGUACCUCCAUGCGGGCCCCUCUGCCCAUGCGCUGACUGUGGCCGCUGUGGACUUGCUGAACCAUCACGCCAGGGAGUUUGAUGCCACCCAGGUCUUGCAGCUGCUGCCUGACACCUGGUCGGUGCAGCUUCUCUGCCCGUUCCUCACAGGAGCUAUGAGGGACAGCAUCCAUGCCAGGAGGACCACACAGGUGGCUCUUGGCUUGGCCAGAUCAGAAAACCUGAUUUACAUGUAUGAUAAGGUGAAGCUGAAGGGAAGUGCAGUCUGGCUCUCAGACAAAAAGCUCUGCCAACUCUGCCAGAACCCUUUUGGUGAGCCUGUGUUUGUCAGAUACCCAAAUGGAGGGCUCGUGCACACCCACUGUGCUGCCAGCAGACACACGACCCCCAGCUCACCCAGCCCUGGCUCUCGGACUUGAAGAAGCAUGGUCCAGGCUGCACAGGGGAUUCUGGGUUCUUUUCCAAACCUGCUUUGUGCCAGCCAGAACAAAGGGAAGGCAUCUGGGUGCCAGGGAACUGCCAGCCCUGGGAAAUGAGGACACCGCAGCACUGAUUGCUCCUCGUGUGAAUGUAAAAGGAAAAGGCCUGACACCUCGAGACUAGCGACAGGCCAGAGGCUCCCCGUCCAGGAGGUUACAGUCCUUCAAAGCACAAGCCAACUUUGAAAAGCAGGUGGUGGAGCCUGGGCGAUCCUGACACAGGUGGGGCCAGAGAAGGAGCUCAGCUCCACCUGGCUCAGGCCAGCGUCCAGGGUGCAGAGUCCUGAGGUGGGCGCCUUGCCUUCUGGGGAGGUGCGCUCUGGGGAGGUGCGCUCUUGACAUGGACUCCGCAUCUGCUGCUAACGUGGACAGUGUCUGUUCUUCCCAUCCUGCUGUCAACCUCGGGAAGCCACUGCCCUGUCAUGGAAGCACUCACUCGGUGUGAAGGCCUACGCUCUGACUGCCUAGCACAUGGAGAUGGAUUCAGGAACAUAAGCUUGAAGCAAGCGGGAUGGUGAAGUGAUUCAGUGGGCAAAGGCACUGGCCACCAAGCCUGACAACCUGAAUUCAGUCCCCAGAUCUUACAUAUGGAAGGAGAGAACCAACUCCCACAGGCUGUCGUGCCUACACACACACACACACACACACACACACACCACAAUAUAAGAGAAAAAAAGAAAAAGAGGUCAGAGUGGGAAGCUGCUUUGCCCAUCCUGAAGAUUGCAACUAACGGGGCCCAGGUUGUGUGAUGGCCCAGAAACAGGUUCGUUUCCAUCCGCUUGAUUGGAAACACCUUGAUGGACAUCCGCAACUAAAUAUUUUUAUUUGAAUUCAUAUCUUUGUCGUUUUCUCUCCCUUGGAAUUUCCUCAGCCGUUUUCAUUACAGAUAUCUCUUUCCUCAUUAAAAUGUACCUCCUACUGAAUGAAUACUUGGGAAACUCAAAGGGAAAUGUAGAGUGGCCGGUGAGCCUUCUGGGAGGGGCUGCCAUUGCUCCACCCUGUAGCUGGCAGCCAGCAGAGCGGCUAGCCCCGUUCUAGCCCUGUUCUUCCCGCAGGUGUUUCUGCAGGACCUCAGGAGGCAGUCUGGCCAGGCCACGUGAUCUGCCAGCACUUUCUAUGCCUGUCUGAGCUUUCCGGAACCCGCAGAGGAACUCCUCCGUGACCAGCUGGACUUGGGGUUUCUGCGUCGUGCAGCAGACAGGCUGCAGCUCUUGCCAUUUCACUGCCCUCUUCCAGGUCACCAGGUCCCCCAGGAGGCUGGCUUUAUGAGGACCUCAGGGUAGACAGCACACCCUCCACCAUGAUACCUGAAAAACAGCAUCUCCUGGGCUGCCGGGAUGGCCCAGAACACACCCUCCCUCCGCCUGCCCGAGCUCCCCUCACUGUCCACUCUUUACAGAAUGCUUCUGUACUUACAAUGAUCAGUUUAUUUCUUUUCCUUUUGGGGUUCUGAGCAAGCCAGGAAGUAAAAGUGUCUGUCACUGUUCAGGGGACUGACACCCCUUUCCCUACGUGUGUCGAGUGUCCGAGAAUAAAUGAAGUCUCCUUGCAGCUCCAGUGUCCCAAGGAUGACUGAGGACACUCUUCUCAUUGCUUGUCAUUAUACCCAACGAAUUGGCGUUACAAUUCUCAAAGCACGAGUUACCCCAGUAGCAGUGUCUAACCUGCAAGCACUGUUCUCCCUUCCCAAACUGGGUAAGAUCUCGGAAGGGGCUGUGUCUGCUCACUCCUAACCUGGAGACACUAGCCUCUUCUCUGAGUAUUGAUUGACAAAGUCUAUCAGUCCAACCCCCACCCAACCCUUAAACAGUUCUACAAGGCGGAGAAUCACCUCAUCUGUUACAAGUCCCAUUCCCUCACCGUCCUCACUCUCCCGAGGGCCGCUUCUCAAACCCCUUUUUAAAGAUGAACCCAUGGUCCUAUCACAGCCCGUGACUGUCCACUGAGUGGUGCAGUGACAGCUGGAUUCGGGCUUGUUCCUCCCUUUAGGCUACGCAGCCGUCCUGGUUGGAGCUGCAUGGGCUGAGAUCGGUUCACCUUCAUAUCUGUGGGGUGGGACCGUUUAGUCAGGGGAACCGUUUAUCUGCUGUUGCCUGCCAGGUGCCACCUAGGCUGUGGGCACCGGGUGUGAGAACAGAGCAGAGAGGGGCUUCCUGAGCCAUGCUGGACGCUCCCGGAGCACAGAGAAGUGGGCACUGGGUCCAGCUGCCACAGGGCACCUGUUACACAAUGGGGCAGUCCUUGCUUUCUGCUUGCUCUCCCGUAGGAACCUCUGUCCUCACAGCUUCCUUUGCCUCCUAUUGGGUCCCAAAUCCACACGAUGUACAAAUGUAAACUUGUUGAUUUUAUUAAAAUUCUUCUAAUUCUUUGUU